CCCCCGAAUUCCCCACGCUUUCACCUUUUUCAUAUAUAUCCCUCUCUAAUACAAGCACUGCUACCCAACAAUAUCUUCUCUCUCCCUUUUCUCUCUCUCUCUCUCUCUCUCUCUCUCUCUCCCCCCCCUAUAAAGAUAUAUAUAUAUAUAUAUAUAUUUUGUCACAAAUAUAUAUUAUAAUGGCUGACCAAAUAGACCGACCAAUACCAUCAGAAUCGAAGGAAGACCAAUUGCCGCAUUCUACACCCAUCACCACGUGCGAAAAGAUUGGGCUGUCAGCUGCAAUGAGCUCCACCUCAUCCGGCGGCUCGCCGAGGAGACCGGCCGCCGGGAAACACCCGGUCUACCGGGGGAUUCGGAGCAGAAGCGGCAAGUGGGUGUCCGAGAUUCGGGAGCCGCGGAAGACGACGCGGAUAUGGCUCGGGACUUACCCCACGCCGGAGAUGGCGGCCACCGCCUAUGACGUGGCGGCGUUCGCUCUCAAGGGCAGUGAGGCGGUUCUCAACUUCCCUGAUCACGUCUACUCGUACCCGGUGCCGAGUUCUUCGUCUCCGGCGGAUAUACGGGCUGCUGCUGCUGCGGCUGCGGCUGCGACGGCGAUCAAGGCUGAAGAAGGCGAGAAACCGGCGGCGGAACCAGGAGGAGGUGACGGCGGAGGCUCAGCAUCAGCGGCUGGAGAUGAAUUCAUCGAUGAGGAGGCAUUGUUUGACAUGCCGAAUUUGUUGGUGGACAUGGCGGGAGGAAUGCUGAUGAGCCCGCCGAGGAUGGAAUCUCCACCAUCCGGCGACUCGCCGGAAAAUUCCGAAGGAGAGAGCCUUUGGAGCUAUGAUUAAUAGACAAUUAAUCAAUUGCCAAGAAAUUAAAUAGACAGAACAAAAUGGUGAUGAGAGGUUGUAAUAAAAGUAGCUAUGAAUUCAUCACAUGCGGUUUCUAAGAUCGAAAGAGUUGGGAACAAAUCAAAGGAUGAUCAUCACACAGUUAUUGUAGAACGGAAGUGGUAAUUAACUGGUGAUUUUUCUAAUUAAGCAGACUUAAUUAGGGUCCUUAAUUAGUAUGAAAGGCUCUUCGCUCUUGAGACUUGACUGCCUGCGGUAAUAUAGAUAUAUAUAUAUACUGAUUUGAGUAUGAAUAUUACUGCCGCCUGCCGCUGUAGUACAGGGAUUUCCAACUAUGGGGCUGCCUUCGUACUGCUUAAUUUCCUUUUAGUUUGCCUUUUUUUAUUUAUUUAAUGAAGAAAUGCCAGUGUUUCUCUG